UCUUUUCCGUUUAUUUUUUUCCUGCAUAAAAAGAGGUCCUUCCAUUUGGAUGGCUGUGAAUACAAUACAGGUAGUUCUCGACUUACAGCUGCUCAUUUAGUGACCGCUUGAAGUUACGACGACUGAAAAAAGUGCCUUAGGACCGUUUUUUCCACACCACCAUUUUGGUCACGUGAUCAAAAUUCAGACGCUUGGCGACUGACUCACAUUUAUGAUGUUUGCGGUGUCCUGGGCUCGCUUCAUCCCCUUUUGCGACCUUCUGGCCAGCAAAGUCAGUGGGAAAGCCGGAUUCGCUUAACAACCGGGUUACUAACUGAACAAUGGCAGUGAUUCACUUAACAACGGUGGCCAGAAAGGGCAUAAAACGGGGCGAAACUCACUUAAAACUCGCAUGGUUUAGCAGUCCAAACGUUGGGCUCAAUUGUGGUCAUAAGUCGAGGACUAGCUGUAAUUGCAUUUGAUUUUCCUUUGAACGGGUGGGGUUUGGUGAGCUGUGUGUAACACAAUUUGGUGGGGAGGUUUCGGCAAGGCGUGGGUGUUGAGAAGGACCCCUCACUUGCCCUAACCCUGUUUGUUUAGCUGUUAAGCUGUGUUUUGGGGUUAAAAUGUGGCUUUAUUUCUGGAGUCUGCCCUGUGUUUUGGAGAAGUUGGGUUUAAGUCACACACCCUGAAAGCUCUCCCUUCAAGAGAAGAUUGGAUGGCCAUUUGUCCAGGAUAGUAUAAGGGCUCACAGUGUAAGGGGGUUGGACUUGAUGACCUCCGAGGUCCCUUCCAGCCCUAGGAUUCUGUGGGGACUAAAGAGACAGAUCCUGGCUGAGAGACCCACCAUGCUGAAAUUGGGGUACUUGGAAGGUCAGUUGGUUGGAAAACUGGAAGGCUGCGCAGGAGGCUGGAGAGAAAGUGUCCGUUCUGUCUCUCUGAGAGAUUUGUUUUUCCAGCCAGCUUUAGUAAAGGACAAAUAAUUGCUCUAAAUGUGAGACCAAGUGAGUUUUCCAUCUCUUAAAUCAGGGCUCUCCAACCUUGGCAACUUUAAGCCUUGUGGACUUCAACUCCCAGAAUUCCUCAGCCAUCCAUGCCUGUUUCUUUUCUUCCACUGUCUAGAGCGGAGAGAUUGCAGAGAAAGGGAGCGGAGAGAUUGCAGAGAAAGGGACCACAAGAGAGUGAGCAGGUAUACAGUGGGGAUACGUAUCAAAAGGAACGUGUUAUUGCCAGGGAAUUCUGGGAGUUGCAGUCCACCCAUCUUAAAGUUUCCAAAUUUGGAGACCCCUGUCUUAAAGCUUUUCAGCCAGGCGAGAGGCCGGGCGGCCUCCCAGGCACAGCUUCCCCCUGCCAGGGGUCGUAGCUUGUAUUAACUGCAGUUGGGUAGGAUCUGGCGGAGGCCGGGGAGCCCUCCCGGCCUGAACCCGGCGGCCGGUGCUUGUCCCUGCCUGCACCAGAAGGGACGGUUUGGAGUCACAGCAGCACCCUUCUUGCCAGGGUUCAAGAUAGCCCCCCGGGGGGUUUUGGGGAGGCGAAAGGACCCCACGGAUGCAGGAGAACAUCUUUGCAUUCCAGACCUGACCCAACAUCCUCUUCUUACGUCUAUUUUGCUCUCCAGAAUGGCGGAGCCGCGCUUUAACAACACCUACUUUUGGCCACCGCCUCCCACCAUGCCCAGUCAGCUGGACAAUCUAGUCCUAAUCAACAAAAUCAAGGAGCAGCUCAUGGCGGAGAAGAUUCGUCCUCACCAUCUGCCCCCUACCUCGGUGUCUUCCCAGCAGCCCCUGCUGGUGCCCCCCUCGCCUGCGGAGAGCAGCCCUUCGAUCAUGUCCAUUCCUAAGCUCCAGCAAGUCCCGGGGCUUCACCCCCAGGCGGUACCCCAGCCGGACGUGGCCCUCCACGCACGCCCUGCCACCAGCACCGUCACAGGAUUUUGCUUAGCCUUUUCCCCCCGACUUCCAGGUUUGGGGCUGGGGUCCCGCACUCCUGCCGUCAGCACUUCUGAAUCCAGUACGGGGACGGGUACCAGCACCGCCUCCACGCCCACCUCCUCCAGUCAGAGCCACCUCAUUGCCUCCUCACCCACCCUCAUUUCGGGGAUCACCAGCCCCCCACUGUUGGACUCCAUCAAGACAAUCCAAGGCCACAGCCUGCUGGGGGCCCCCAAGAGCGAACGAGGCCGCAAGAAGAUCAAGGCCGAGAACCCGUCGGGACCCCCAGUCCUUGUGGUCCCGUAUCCCAUUUUAGCUUCGGGAGACAUCGGCAAAGAAGGGAAGACGUACAGGUGUAAAGUCUGCCCGCUUACCUUCUUCACCAAGUCGGAGAUGCAGAUCCACUCCAAGUCGCACACCGAGGCCAAGCCGCACAAGUGCCCGCAUUGCUCCAAGUCCUUUGCCAACGCCUCCUACCUGGCGCAGCACCUGCGCAUCCACCUGGGUGUCAAGCCCUACCACUGUUCCUACUGUGAGAAGUCCUUCCGCCAGCUCUCCCACCUCCAGCAGCACACCAGAAUUCAUACCGGAGACAGACCGUACAAGUGCCCGCACGCCGGUUGUGAAAAGGCUUUCACACAGCUCUCUAACCUCCAGUCACACCAACGGCAGCAUAACAAAGACAAACCCUACAAAUGUCCAAAUUGCUACCGGGCGUACUCGGAUUCGGCUUCGCUCCAGAUCCACCUCUCAGCGCAUGCAAUCAAGCACGCAAAAGCCUACUGCUGCAGCAUGUGCGGACGGGCGUAUACUUCAGAGACGUAUUUGAUGAAGCACAUGUCGAAACAUACGGUAGUGGAACACCUGGUGAACCAGCACUCUCCUCAGAGGACGGAGUCCCCCGGAAUCCCCGUUCGGAUAUCCCUCAUCUGAAAGGCAGAGAAGCAGCGCCCCCCCCCCCUUGCGUGACGGACCUUCGCAAAGGCCCGAAACGAGGAAAGGGAGCAAGAUGGAGAUCUUCGGAUUAUGCAAAACAGCCGUAGUGCUCUCCCUGUGCGGUUUCCUCAGAUUUCUUGACAGUGUACAGCACUGUGCUCAGGAGGACCAAGAGACACCCCCCUCCCAUCUGUCCCCCACCCCUCAUUCACCCCCGAGCAGCCUCGGGCCUUGACUAUGUUUGUGGAGGGGACAUGUCCUCUGAUGUUGGGGACAACCAAAGACAAUUCCACAGCACUUUCACCCUCCCUCCCUCACUUCUCCAGGAGCUCCGUUGUCUGGGAUCGCGGCAUUCUGUUUUUUUCCUGUAUUUCCUCCCUUUUCUCAAUUCAGAUCAUUUUUUCCCCUCUCCCCUCCCGCCCCCCCAAAAAACACACAUGGGCGCAGAUUUGAGAGAUCUUUCUGACACGGAGCGCACGAUCCCUCUGGACUCCACCCUGAAGCCAUUGUGAGUCUUUUGAAGUAUUUUGGUGCUAAAUUGGAAGGAGACCCGACACCCCAGAAAAGCCUCAAGAGAAGAGAGAGACCGUCUGGCGGAUGCAACAAUGCCACACGCCAAAUGUUGUAAACCUGUACCCAACUCACGGCCGGCAUGACGUCAGAGAGAAUCGUGGACCUGUCUUGUGUGGGAAAUGGAACCGACCUCGGGUCUUUUUCAAGAGAGGGGAAAGCUUGGGGAAGAUUGCAAAACUCAGUGGGGAGAUCCUCUACGCAUUGGGGCAAGGAGGGACGAUAGAACCAGAGCACUUGUAACAGUACGUCAGGAACGUCCGCUGCAUUUCGACCCGGGUUUGACCACCCUGGUGGCCUGCUGGGACGAGACAAACCAUUGGACGAGAUCCGUCAUGUAGAGAAGACGAGGUUGCCACCCGUCCCGGCACAACAGCUCUAGGGGACGUGCCUCCAUGCACGUGCUUUAGCCAUGUCCAAGUUCCAAGUAGGUGGUUGGGAUUUUAUAUUCCCACUGAGUCGGAAACUGUAUUUGGCCGAUGGGCCAAGUGAGUCUUCAAGGGGGAGGACAGCAGGAUCCCUCACUUUACCAUUUCUUUCCCUCCCCCUCCCCCAAAAUCAUCAAGUCUGUCCCUCCCACUUUGUGGUCGCCCCAAUUCAUCUCUAGAUGACCAAAAGACGCAUCAACAGAGGCUCCUUCGCCUCCUGGUUGGUGUGUGAGGGACAAAAGAUGACCAUCUGUGGUGAGAACUUGCAGGAAACUCAUUGAUCUUACGGGUGGGGUGGGGGGAAUAAUCCAAGAGCCUUAGAAAAGUGGUCUUCCCCCCAGACAAAGAGUAAUUAUGCAGCUUUUCAAUCUCAGGCGUACCGGUAGUCCUGCUUACAACUGUAAUGGAGCCUGCACAUUACACUUGUUAAGUCGUAACAGUUGUAAAAUGGGUACCUCACAUGGCUGGCCCAAUUUUACAACCUUUUUUUUUUGGCGGCAGUUGUUAAGCGUAUGUGGCGGUAGAAAAUGAACACUGUACUCAUUAAGUGUACGUCACCGUUGUUAUAGCAAAUCCAUUGCUUACUCUUAACAGGGACCAGUCAUAAGUCAGGGACUACCUAUAUAGUUGGAAGGGGUCCUCCCCCCCCCGACCCAAUAGCAAUCAAGGCCUUCCUUUCUUCCACAUGCAAGUGGGCUGUGGCAUAACCACAUUAGUUUGUAAGAGGCUAAAGGCUAAAGACCUUGCAUCUGACCCAUCGAUUUUUAGGCAGGACUUUAGUUCACAUCAUUCCCAGCCUGCCGGCAUCCCGAACCCAUCAAAAGUGUCAAGGGCAAGUAUUUCUCAACCUCAGCCACUUGAAGAUGUGUGGACUUCAACUCCCUGAGUCCUCCACCUAGCUCUGUCUUCCCCCCCCCCCCUUUCCACCUCCUAGAGCAGAGAAAUUGCAGAGGAAGGGAUUAUAAGAGAGUAAGCAGGCCACAAAACACAUGAAAAAGAAUGCAUUAUCGCCAGGGGAUUCCGGGUGUUGUCCACCUGCCUUCAAGCGGCCAUGGUUGAGAAACUGAGCUUCUGUUCUUGGUUAUCCUUGUUUCUGGCUUGGUUUUUGCCUUGGGGGGAGGCACAGGACAGACCCCACCUUCCACCCCACCACCCACAAAAAAAAAUGGCCAUUUUCCAUCCUUGACUUGAGUUUUGCUUCUAUCUUUCUAAAACCAAAACUACACAAUACCGCCCGACCAACGGCUGCCUCUUGCAAAAAUUUUACAGGCAAACCCAAAUGCAACUCCACUCCCCUGCCUGUUUGUCUAAAUAGGGUAAGGGGAGGAAGACCUCCACCCCCUCCCCACCAACACAACUGAAAAUCCACCUCUCUCUCUAAUCCCCCUUUGCGAUCCCUAUUAGGUUUUUUUUUGGGGGGGGGGAAGAUAUGAAUUAACUUUCUUUUUUUAAAAAAACAAAAGAAAAAAAUAUUUUUACGCCUUAAAAAAUGCUGUUUUUUUAAGCAAGUUGUUUCUUUCUUGCCGUUUAUACCAAUUUGGUCCUUCCUCCCCCUUUUUAAAAAAAUACUUUUCCUUUCUCGGUUUUGAAUUGAUGUUGUAUGAUAUUCAAUAUUGUAUCCUCUCCUUUUUUUUUUUUUUUGGCAUGUUAAUAACUGUGUAAAUAAGACUCUUAUACAUAUUGUUAACAUCUUUUUUUUUCUAUAUAAAAGCCCAGGAAGCAUCUAGCUAGUGCCCUCAUUAAUGGGGAAAAAAAGGAAUUUUUUUUAAAAAAAAAUAGAGAGAGAAGGAACAUCCUUCCUCCCGAUUUCUAAAACUCUCAUGUUGUGGAAAGAGCAGAGCCUGUCUCUGGUUCCGGGCAAACGUUCGCAUCAUUCAGAAAAAUUAAAAAAUAAUUAUUACCAAUAUAUGAGAAAUUAUCACUUUUUAAAAGUUGCUUUGUAUUUCUUCUCUGUUGUGGAAAGCAAAUAAUAAAAUGUCUUUUCAAUCUUG